UUACCGUGCGUUUUUCUUUCUCAUUCUAGAAACGAAAGUAUCGAGGUAACGAAAGGAAACAAAAAAGUUCUUUUCUCCAUAAAAAAGUUGCAAGUUAUAUUGAUAAAGUGGCGUUCCAGCCUCAAAAUCAUACGCAAUGGCCGGUCAUAAUGUGAACGACGAGCGACAACGUUCGGUGGAUGUUGAAUUCGAUCGCAGCCUGCAAUUUAAUUCCAUGUUUCUGUCGGAUCCGGUUGUUCACGGUUUGUCCCGGAACAACUUCAUUCACCCGUCGCCCAUUCAGGCACGUGCGAUCCCACUCGGGAAGCUCGGAAUAGAUUUAUUGGUGCAAGCGAAAUCCGGAACCGGUAAAACGCUGGUGUUUGCUGUGCUGAUUGCAGAAUCUCACAACCCGGACAUCACAUUCCCACAGUCGCUGACGAUUGUGCCUACACGGGAGAUUGCAGUACAAAUUGAAAAAGUAUUGAACCGAAUCGCCUAUUCGGUGCCAAAUUUUCGAGCACAAAGCUUUAUUGGCGGACUGGAUGUCAGUCAGGAUCGGAAGAAUCUGCAAAGCUGUUCGGCAGUUAUCGGAACCCCCGGUAGGAUUUAUCAUCUGAUCAAGAGCAAUGUUUUGAACACCAGCCAUAUUAAGAUACUGGUGCUGGAUGAAGCAGAUUCGCUCAUUACGGGGACCUUACAAUCGGAUGUGGAUCACAUUAUCAAAUCGCUUCCGCAGAAGCGGCAAACAGUGGUUUGCAGUGCCACAUUCUAUCACAAUCGAGAUCGGCUGCUACUCAAGUAUUUAAAUGAGAAAUUUAUCGGUGUUACACCGAAAAAAGAGGUUCCAGUUUUACAUGGAAUUCGACAGUUUGUACGAGAGAUGCCUGAGACUAAGGAUAACAUAAAGGAAGUAAUGGCAAAGAUUGCCGAAUUGAAUCAAAUUUUGAAGAAAGUUCCUUACAAUCAGUGUUUGGUGUUUACUAACACACAAACCAAAGCGGACACUUACCGCAGUUAUUUGAGCCGAGCAGGUUGGGCCGUGGAUGUAAUCCGGGGUGGCCAGGAUCAGCGGGUUCGACUCAAGACAGUGGAGAACUUGAAAGACUUUCGCUGCCGCAUUUUAACUGCUACCGAUGUUCUGGCCCGUGGAAUUGAUGCAGAAAAUGUAAAUCUCGUUAUAAACGUCGAUGUUCCGAAAGACAAUUCGGUCUACCUUCAUCGCAUUGGACGAGCGGGAAGGUUUGGAACGCAAGCUAUCUCCAUCACGCUGCUUUCCUCGGCGAAGGACUCCGAGAGAUUUCGUAAGAUAUUGUACGAUAUUGGAGGCUCGGAUAUGUUUGUUUAUCAGCUUCCAACAAUGGCCGUAGAGGAAAUCUGGAACUUUGAUCAGUACGGCGAAAAAUAUGGAAAAUUUUGCGCAUCAAAAUUAGAGCAAGAAAUUCGGGAACAGGGUGCUGACAAAUCGCUCCUAGAAACGAUUCAAGAGGUAGAUUCAAAAACGGAACUGGACCGUAAAUCGUCGGAAAACCUCGAGGAUAGUUUGGAAGAACCAAAGAAACAAACUGGGGAAUCUAUUUUAGAAGCGGACUCAAUUGAGCAGAUGUUAUUCGAAAAAUCUAAGUCGUCCAAUGGACUGCUGGAGAGUGAACCAGAAGAGCGAUUGGAGAGAAUUAUUAUGCUGGGAGAUAACGCGACUGAUGAUACGAUCAAAACGGAAGGUAUCGAAAACAUGCUGAGUGAUGUUCAUAGCAUGGAUAAUGUCGAAAAGAUUGCAGAAGCUGAAGACAUUCCACGGGGAUUAGCUGAUGCUGCUGCAGCAGGAAAAAAUGAAAACGAUACCUUACUUAAUGGUAAUAAGACUGAAAAACCCAUCACAACCGAAGAAGCGAAAUUUUCACAAACUGAAACCAAGAUUUCUGAAAUGCAACUUGAAGUUUCAAACAUGCCGUCUGUCGUUGACGCAGUAGAAGCUUACUGGAAAAAUCCUGAGUCCCGUGAGGUACUUUUUCGCGCAUACAUUGAUGAUUUUUCUGAUGAUGAAAACGAAGAAGUUGAAAAUGAUCCGGCUCAGAAUGACACAUCUUUCAACGAAUUACUGGUUGAAGACCUGGAUGUAAAGUCAAAUGGAAUUAUGGAACCAGCAGAAAAUGCAACCGAGGACGGCGAUACUAACAAAACGCUACAGUUUGGAGACGAUGAACUGCAAAAGGUUAUCUCGGCCUCGGAUGGUGACCAAGCGUCUUCCAAGGUUGACCAAAUGUUUUUAGCAGCAAUGGAAAAACUACAGCUGGAGGUUGAUCAGUGUCCGAUUGAACGAAAAAGUGUUGAUCAAACCCAAUCGAAGGUCGACCAAAUAUUCCUAGAUGCGAUAAAUAAAUUAGAACAGGAUAAUUUGCUCACCACUGAAGAUGUAUCGGAAGAAAGUUCUAAAAAUUUGCCCUUAGGAGAGGGAAACAAUCAGCUUUCGACUGAACGACUGUUAUUGUCCACCAUGGCCAAAUUGGAUUCAGAGAACGAUAAAAGCGGAAAAGCACCAGCAAGUGCUGAUGACUUGUUUUAUGCGGCGAUGAGCAAGUUAGAUUUUGAGGAGGAAUCCAUUCCAAAUCCGAUUCCAUCAACAGCAACGCCCACGUCAGAAGUAAGCUGUUCCACACCGGAAUCCUGUUUUACUGACAGUUCCUUUAGCUCGAAUACAACCAAACAAGUCGAAGUCGGUUCAAAUUUUACUACACCAAACUCCCGGGUACAGGAGAUUCGCGGUGCUGCCCCAGCUCACCAAGUUAGCUCAUCAACUUCGGACAAUUCAUCCGAGCUGAGUCACACCUCGGAUCCAGCUGUCCCGGUUCGCGAUCAGAACUGUCUUCCGCUAGAGGUCAACAACGAUGCUCUUUUCGCCAAAAUUAUGGAGCAGAAAGAAAUGGAGGCCGACCAGCAACAGCGUCCAUUCCAAUUCUCCAUCGAUGGCUGCAGUUUGGAAGUCCAUGAUGAUCCUGUAAGCGAUCGGGAUAUCAAUUCCCGCAAGGGAUCCGUCCCCGAUGUUGUCCCCUGUGGAAUUACUCUGGAUCCAUCGCGUCUACAGAAUCGGCCACCGUCAUCAAUUGAUGAACGGGUUGCCGUUGGAUUCGAUCUCAAUUCAAACACAUGCGGUUCCAACGAUGGCUCUGUGUUUGAACACGAAGAAGAAGCCGUCGUUCCGCAGGAUCAACCACCGAAACGGAUUCGCUUCCAGCAGGAUGAUCUUUCUCUAGAUCUUCCAUCAAACGGAGUAGCAGCAGCCAGAGCAAACCAACAGAUCGAUCAAAUCGAGCAGGAUCCUCUUAGUGCACCUCCAAGAACGGAUGCUACUGCUGCGACCGAAGAUGUCGAAGACGCGAGUUCGUACUCAUCGGAGUACAACAGCGAGUCGUCGAAUUCGUCCUUCUUCGAUCAACGCGAGUGGGACCCGGAGAAGAUGACCGAAGCAAAUCCGACCGUCGACGAGCAGCGACAUCAAGCGAAUCGCAAGCAUAAAUCCAACAGGCGUUCACAGAAUCGUACGAAUCUCUACCAUCGCACCUAUGCCAACUGGUCCACCCAGUAUUGGAAUCAGAUGACAAUGAUUCGUGACUACGCGCGUUAUUCGGUUUACACCCGGCGCAAUCUGUGUCACAAUUGCCAAGCACAGAAUUCAUCCUAGAGCUUCAUGCUGCGGCAUCGAACAUAAAAUUGAUUUGUGAUGUUACUGACUAGUUUUAGUUUUUUUUGCCACGAAGGCUACUGUUUGAUUACUUGAACUAUUUAAAAUGAACUUACGUAUUUAUUAACGGUAAUAAACGUUUGAAACGACUAAAA